UCUCGUUGUUUUUCGUAAAUCGCGAGAUAUUUCAGAUCGUUGCAGUGAAUGGCGAACAAAUCUAGAGUAGGAAGUGUUUUUUCCACAUACUUAUUUAAAUUUUUAGAAAUACUUUGAUUGUGGCUACGGCCGUGUCAUGCACUUCUAUGUCAAGUCUUACUAAGACCCAUGUCCAUGAAACCCAGCAAGGGGAGGACCGUGUGAGUUUUCGGAGAAAGAGGAACUCUUCGAACAGUGAAAAUAUUAGCAAGAGAUUAAAACAAGAAGACAACAAUAUGACUGAUACUACUCAAAAUAAUCAAAGGAGAGCAAACUUUUCGGCUCUUAGUAAUCCUAAUGGUGUAAGCAAAACAUCUCCCUUAGUAAACACGAAACCCGGCGCAGCAAAGAAAUUGGUGAUAAAAAACUUUAAAGAGAAACCCAAACUUCCUGAUAAUUACCAAGAACAAACCUGGGACAAGUUGAAAGAAGCAGUAGUAGCAAUCCAGACUUCGAAAUCUAUUCGCUAUAGCCUUGAAGAGCUUUAUCAAGCAGUUGAGAAUAUGUGCAACCAUAAAAUGGCUUCAACAUUAUAUAUAAAUCUGACUAGUUUAACAGAAAAGCAUGUGAAGGCAAAUAUUGAGCAGUUCAUGGCUGAGUCGAUGGAUCGCCAUAUUUUUCUUAAAAGAAUGAAUGAAUGUUGGCUUUCACACUGUCAGCAGAUGAUCAUGAUCCGGGGAAUCUUCCUCUAUCUAGAUCGCACAUAUGUACUCCAGAACCCAACCAUCCAUUCUAUUUGGGACAUGGGACUGGAUUUGUUCCGGCACCAUAUUGUGUUGAACACUUUGGUACAGACAAGGACAGUGGAGGGCCUUCUUAUGCUUAUUGAGAAGGAGCGACAAGGUGACACUGUUGAUAGGACUCUUUUGAAGUCUCUUCUGCGGAUGUUGUCAGACCUGCAGAUAUAUCAAGAGGCUUUUGAGAGCAAGUUCCUUGUAGCAACAGAGCGGUUAUAUGCAGCUGAGGGGCAGCGUCUCAUGCAAGAACAUGAUGUGCCAGAGUACCUGGCCCAUGUUGACAAACGGUUGAAUGAGGAGAAUGAGAGACUUUUGCACUACCUUGAUCCUGCAACAAAAUGGCCACUCAUACACACAGUGGAGAAGCAGUUGCUGUCAGAACACCUGACAUCCAUUCUCCAAAAAGGUUUGGACAGCUUGCUGGAGGAGAACAGGGUGCACAACCUUACACUACUGUACAGUUUAUUUACGAGAGUCAAGAAUGGUCUGGUGGAGUUGUGCCUCAAUUUUAACACAUAUAUAAAAAAGAAGGGUCGUACAAUCGUUAUUGACCCUGAGAAAGAUAAGACAAUGGUUCAAGAGCUGCUGGACUUUAAGGACAAGAUGGAUAACAUAGUGAGUCACUGUUUCCAAAGAAAUGACAAGUUUGCAAAUAGUCUUAAAGAAGCAUUUGAGCAUUUUGUGAACCAGCGUGCCAACAAACCUUAAGUAUUUAAGUUGUGCUCUAGGCUGCCAUCCAAAUUUGUGGAUUCGAAACUACGUGCAGGAAAUAAAGAGUCAACGGAAGAGGAGCUGGAACGACUUCUAGACAAAAUCAUGGUCCUCUUUCGUUUCAUCCAUGGCAAGGAUGUGUUUGAGGCAUUCUACAAGAAGGACCUUGCAAAGCGACUGCUUGUUGGGAAGUCAGCAAGUGUGGAUGCAGAGAAAAGUAUGUUGUCAAAGUUGAAGCAGGAGUGUGGUGGAGGCUUCACUUCAAAGCUAGAGGGGAUGUUCAAGGAUAUGGAACUGAGUAAAGACAUCAACAUUGCAUUCAAGCAGCACAUGGGCAACAUGCGCUACCCACAUUUGUCAAGUAUUGACUUGACAGUCAACAUCUUGACAAUGGGCUACUGGCCAACUUACCCUGUUCUGGAGGUAACCCUUCCUAUGGAAAUGGUUCAGUACCAGACUAUCUUCAAUAAAUUCUACCUAGGCAAACACAGUGGACGCAAACUCCAGUGGCAACCGACGCUUGGACAUUGUGUGCUGAAAGCUACAUUUGCGCAGGGCAAAAAAGAGCUGAUGGUAUCUUUAUUUCAAGCCCUUGUACUCUUACUUUUCAACAAUUCUGAUGAACUAUCAUUAGAAGAACUGAAGACUUUCACAAAUAUAGAGGAUGGUGAACUACGUAGAACUUUACAGUCUCUAGCUUGUGGUAAAGCGCGGGUGUUGCAGAAGACUCCAAGAGGUCGUGAUGUUGAGGACUUAGACAAGUUUCAAUUUAACAAGGACUUUGCCAAUAAAUUGUUUCGCAUCAAAAUUAAUCAAAUUCAGAUGAAGGAAACGACAGAGGAGCAGAAAGCAACAGAGGAACGAGUGUUCCAAGACAGACAGUACCAGAUAGACGCAGCUAUUGUACGCAUCAUGAAGAUGAGGAAAUCUCUGAGUCAUAACCUUCUUAUAAGCGAACUCUACAACCAGCUCAAGUUCCCUGUUAAGCCUGCUGACUUGAAGAAACGCAUUGAAUCAUUGAUUGAUCGGGACUACAUGGAGAGGGAUAAAGACAACCCUAACCAGUAUAAUUAUGUUGCGUAAGGCACAGACACAGUGCAGUGUUGUGUGAUUGUGAAGGGAAAAGUGUAAAAAGGAAAUAAGAAUACUUCUUAAAAUAUGCUUGUGAGUGACGGUUAAUGAGAAUUCUUUUCUCUUUCUCUCUCUGUUUUUUUUUUGUACCCACACAUUAUGGGGAUUGUGUGUGAGUGUGCGUAGAGAUUAUAAAAUGAGGAGAUAAGCUCGUUACUUGUGAUGUAAAUAUUAAGAAGUCUCGUUUCACAGGUCAUUUCAGUGAAUGUAUGUUUUUGGUACAUCAAAUGGCAGUUCUUCCUUUCUAUCAUGAUGUUUAAUUGAUUUGAAAGGAUUUCACAAUUCUAACCUACCAAAAUAACAAUAUUAUCAAUCCAAACAACUUCUGUUUUUCAUAAGCACAUAGUCAAACAUGGUUGGAACUAGAGGAAUAAAUCAUAAACCACUCACCUCCACUAAAUCAAAGUCCAGAAUAUGUGAUACUUUACAUUCAUACCUCCUGUACACAUUUUUCAUGCUUCGGUACCGACAACUUACCUUUCAAUUGUAAUUCUUAUUGACAAACUGUAGGGGUGGAGCAUUUAAGUUCACUGUAUUGGCCCAUCUAACACUGUUAACAUGAAUGCUUCACCCCUGGAAACCAUAAGCAUCUCUGUUGCCUACGUGACAAAUUGUAAGUGCAGGCACUGAGAAGUGGAAUUUGCAAAAGGGGGGUCUCACUUCUGUCAACAGUUUGUUGCUGCGUUACAUCAUCAGCAUGUCCUUAUUAAAGAGGUUGUGUUGAAUAAUGUUUUUGUACUUUGAUAUAUAUAUAUAUGCACUUCAAAAUUUGGGGGCAGUUUCAAAUUUUCAGAGAUAUAAAAAACUCUUCAUUGAACCAUUCUGUAUUCAUUCUGAUUAUGUGUAUAAGAAAAAUGAAGUCAUGAUAAAUAUUAUAUUAGUACUCUGUGUAUUAUUUAUGCAACAAGUUACAUUUCAUGUGUAUGCUUAUAAGAAUAAUGUUCUUUUAUUACCUCCAUCUUUAACUGUUUGCCCUUUAUGUAAAGUCAGAGUUGUGAAAAGUAUUUUACAGAAGAGUGAACUUUGUGACCCAAAAUAUAAUUGGAAAGUGUAUUUAAGAGGUAGAACUGCUGUUGAUAUCUUUAUAUUUAUUGUGCAUUUUGGAAGUUGUCCAGUGUGUCUUGAAGGAUUUGGCCUAAAAAUUGCUAUCCUAGUGCUUUAUAUAUUUAUAUACUGGCUAUACAGUUGCUAAAAUUCACACUUGUUUUCCGAUUAUAAUAAGCAGUGAUUAUUGAGAUGCGUGCCAAAAAAUAACACUGAAAUGACUUGUUAUGAGACUACAUGGAAAUUGUAUAGAAAGGGACAGAAAAUAUGUGACAGUCUAACAUACUUAGAAGAGUGCGACAUUUGUCUGUUGUGCCGCAUUAUUUAUCUCACACGUUACUCCCAGUUGUCAUUAAAAUAUGAAAAAGAAUUUUCACAUUGUGAGGUAUGAACACUUUUUCCAAGAGUUCCUCUUAUCUUACCAUAGCAACCAGUGUUAUAGAGGUAGGGCACUACCCUUCAUUUAACACAUUGAGGUGUGGGUGGAAGUUUGUUGGAGUACCCCUGAAAGGUUGGCCAUUUUUUUAUAAGGGGCAGGUCUCUGAUGCUGUAUUUUUUUUACGAAACUUGAAAUAUUGGCAAUUCCUUGCAUGUUUCUUGUGUGGUGCGUACAAUUAAUUUAUUUAAUUUUUGUUCAGAGAGCCAUCUGCUAACAUAAAAGUUACAUGGGAAGUUUUUGACCAUAGAUGUGUGUUCAAUAACAUUUGCAAGCCUCUUUGAAUACUGACAAAGAAUUCUGAAUAAUAUUCCUUUCAAAAUUUACUUUUUCAUAAAAAAAAGUGGAAGUCUUCCAACAGUUCAUCUCAGAAAUCGUAGUUUUAAUUUGUAUUCCAGUGAACACAGUGGCAGCUCUAAUUGACCUCGGAAUAGCGAAAGGCUAUAUAAGCAUAUAUAUGUAAAUAUAUAUAUUUAACAUGCGGUAUAAAAACAACCUGCCAGCAUCCAGAAUAGUGAGUCAUGUAGGCAAGUUAAUAAUUUCACAUGAAAAACAUGCUUGAUUGGAAGCAUGAUUAAGCCCUUUUCUGGAUCAAUUUGUUAUCCAUUACCACAGUGCAAUGUGAGAAUACCAUCUGAGGAAUUGGAAGGUCAUCCAUUACAUAUGUUUGGCAGAUUCAUAAAAUCAUGGUACAUACUUUGGUUUCAGAUUCUGAAUUAUCAUUUUUCUGUGACAUUUUUAAUUUUCACUAUUCACUGUUAAGUUCCCUGCUUUGCAGUUUUGUAUCAGUACAGUGAUGGUUUGUCAGUAGAGAUGCUAACAAUUUUAUGAGGUACGGUACAUUACAGUUGCACAAUCACAUUUUUUGUUGUGUUAUAGCAGCUAAUUUAUCACACUUACAAUUCAGUAGUUCAUUGCUCUAAAAAGGAAUUGGUAUUACUACUUGAACAACAAUAUUGGCAGUACAGUAAAUAACAGCCACUGUAAAAGAACUUCUACUGUACCUUAUUAUGCAUUCUUUGCAAGAAGUACAUCAACUAGGAUGAUCA